AUGAAAAAAAAGGGAGAGAAGAGAGAGAAUUGGGGUCGAGGACGGCGGUGGAGGAGGGCGACGGAGCGUCGGGAGGUUGCUGGCGUUGGUGAUGGUGAUGAUGAUGUUGUUGUUGUUGGUUUUCUUUUAUGCAGGAGAGAGAAAAGGAAGAAAAAUAAAAAGGAGAAAGAGAGAAAAAAAGGAAAAGUAAGCUUUUGGGCCUCCCCUUUGUGGGAGGGCUUAGUCAGCAGUGCCAUCAAGCAAGCCAAAGCAAAGCAAGAAAGCAAGAAAGCAAGAAGAAGAAGAAGAAGAAGAAAGCAGCUUUUCUUUCGGGCGUUGCAGAGAGAAGAUCAAACAAUGGAUGUAGUUAGCCAGGCGGGCGACGGUGACGGUGGCAAGGGGGAUGAGAGAGACGGCAUCCAGAGGCCAGCAGUGGAUGGAUGGCUGCAGUGGUCUUCCAGCAGCUAA